AGGAGGGCAGACAUCACACAUCUUCUUCUUCGGUGGUUCUUCUCCCUCUGUCCUCGUCAUGUUGGACACCCUCAUCUUCCUCCUGGAGAAGCUCUUCCUCCUCGCGCACAUUAAGCUCUCCAGUCUGCUGUCUCCUCUGGGCGCAGCGCGCGCAGAAUCUCCGCUCACGAGGCGCUGCGACCGGGACGACUCUCCUCCUCUGCCCGCACCUGGAGCCGGAUCCGGGUCCUGUCCGCGGUUCCAGCGCGGGGACCUUCUGGAGGUCCCCCGGACUCUGUUCACCCACUUCGGGAUCUACCUGGGGGAGGACCGGGUGGCCCACCUGAUCCCGGACAUCCUCCCGGCUCUGACCGCAGACGGCAGACAGAUCCAGAGGAUGGUCACCAACACGCGCCUGCUGCUCGGGGUCGUCUUCAAGCGCGCGAGCAUCCGCACGGACUCCGUGGAGGACUUCGCGUACGGAGCCGGGAUCCUGCUGAACCACAUGGACCGGGCGGUGCUCCGUGGCCCGCUGCAGGGAGAGGAGGUGGCGCAGAGGGCGGAGAAGCUGCUGGGCUCCGUGGCCUACAGCCUGCUGUGGAACAACUGCGAGCACUUCGUCACCUACUGCCGCUACGGGACGGCCCAGAGUCUGCAGACGGAGCAGUUCUGUGAGUGGCUGAAGUCCCUAAUCCGGGACCAGCGUAGCGUCCCCCUCACAGCGCUGCUGGGACUCCUGUCCAUGGCGUGUUUGGGGAUAUCCUUCAGCACGGCCCUGCCCACCUUCCUGGUCCCCUUCACGCUGUGGAUGGCCAGUUAGAAGGACCUUAUCCACGUUCAGAAUUGGAGUCUGCUUCUGAACGGACUGAGCCUCCAUAUUGGAGGGAGAGGAGGUAGUCGUCUGCAUACAACUCUAUACAGUUAAUGACUACACUUGUUCUAUCAUUUAGCUUCUAUAACAUCAACACCAACAUUUAUCCAACCAUAUCAUCUUAAAUUGGCUCCUGAUUUGCCAUCCAAGCCUUUGAAUUAGUCAGUUUUAUACCAUAUAUACCAAAUAGUUUACUUCUUCUUCAUAUUCUUCAUCUUUAUCAACACCACUCAGCAUUUCGGAGAUCACUGCUUUAUCACUUUCUUUAAACACUAGUGGGGACUAUUUCCAGUGGCGGAUGAAUCUACUGAGUAUGUUUGACUUCACAGUCACAACAUGAGUGUUCAAAGAGGAUGAAUAAGCUCCGCCCCCUCUGCACUGUAACCAGGUGAAUACCUCCUAAAUAUGUGUAAAUAGGCGUCAUUUAGACCGGAUUGUUCUUUAACAGUCAAACUUUUGUACAGAUUUUAUUUUUAUGAAGCUGUAACACUCUAUACCUUGUUUUAUAUGUAAAUAAAGGAAA